AUGAGCCGAAAGCGGGUGCGGAAAGAUACUAACGUUAAUUCCCCUGACAAUAUCACCGGUGAUGAUUCAACAUCAACGAAAAACGACACACCUGCUCCAACUUACACACAUGAAAAAGAAAAAGGGGACCUGAGAGAUGAAACCAUUGCGAUUCUGAAAACUGAUAAACAGUUCCUCCAAGAAGAGUUGGUAAAGAAAGAUAGCUUUAUCAGGGAACUGAUAAAGAAAAACCAGAAGAAACCAGGUAGCCUAAAAGCAUCAAAGAAAUCUCCACGGAUUGCCAUUUCUAGUUCAGAGGAGGUCAUUGAUUCUGAUGAGUCUUCAAGCCUUUCAGACUCCUCCUUGAAGAGGUCAAGAGUAACUGGUAGCGUAACAAUAUAUAAUAAUAUUUCUCUUUAUUCAGUGAGGAACACCAGAGGCAUCAUUCGCAGAUACCUUGACACUCUAGAAGCCUUCAAGAAGGUGAAAUCCAUGAAAGCUGCAUUUGAUGCUAUUGGAGUGGACAGAAACACAAUUGCAAGAACUGCAAUUAUUGCAGAGCUGCAUCUGGCUGCACCUGAUGUUUUGAAGACCAUGGGCCAGUGGAACGACAAAACAGAGACACUGAGCAGAUUUAUUGGUAAAUGUCAUUCUGCACUGACCACUGAAAUUAAAGAAAAAAUUACUCAAAUGAAAGCAGAUGGAGAUCUGUUGCCUAUUGCUUGAUUUAUUUGUAAACUUAAACUGUCCUGUUGUGUAGAAAUGGACAGGUUUUGAAACUUCCUUUAGGAGAUGUAAACAGGGCUGCCUGGGUUAUGUCAUUAGAGUGGCCUGUUCAUUUGUUUGGCUUCACUCAUGUCUUUUGCUUAGCUAAGCAUUUUGUGACUUUGCAUAUUCUCAUAAGACAAAUCAGAGAGUUAGAAAAAUAGUUUACAGUUCUGUUGUUUAGCCUUUAGGUGAGCUGUUACUUUGCUUCUAUUUGAGUGUUUCCUAUUAGGUUAAUGCGAACUUCAGUGUGACCUACGUAGAGUUAGCUUACUGGAAAGCCUUGACAUUUUAAACAAUACAGUAUUGUUUUGUUGAUUUUUGUGCACAUUUUAUGUUACAUGUACUGCAAUAUAAAUGUUCACAGCUAAUAAAAAAUUAAGUUCAAAGCAAAUGUGUCAUAACCCAUUCAUGAUAUCUUAUGGAUGUUUAAAAGAAUACCUAACAUUUCUCACUUUACUUAAAGCAGACAAGGACCACUUAUAAAUAUUAAUACCACGUUAUAAAGCUUUUUAGAUGUUUAAAAGAAGACUUUGUUUUCAUCACUUUACUUUAAGCAGUUAAAGACCACUCAUAAUAUGUUCAUUGUGUGUUAUAAGUCAUCACACUCUUCGUUACACUAAAUAUUUAUAGGCACAAAUAGGUAAGUAUUAUGAUGCAUUGUAACUGUUUUUAUGAUUAUUUAUCAGAUGAUACGACACGUUAUAAUGUUGUUUAUAAGGCAUUAUGCAUGCAUAAUAAUGCAUUAAGAAUACCCUUAUGAUGUCUUAUAAAUGCAGGCUUCAUCUGGUGUUAUAAUGCAUUGUUCUCAUAAAAGUUAUAAGCACAAAUAGGUAAGUAUUAUAAUGUAUUGUAACUGUUGUUAUGAUUAUUUAUAAGAUGAUAUAACAUAUUAUAAUGUUGUUUAUAAGACAUUAUACAUGUAUUAUAAUGCAUUAAGAAUGCCCUUAUAAUGCAUUAUAAAUACAGGCUUCAUAGAAAGUGUUACCUUAUUUUAAUAAGAGACAAAAUUAUAAAAUUCUCAAAACUAAGCAAACUAUUUGUGUAAAAUAUAACAACCUUUUCUAUGUACUGUUGAUAAAUGAGGGCACUGGUAUCUGAGGGUGCCAAAAAUAAUACAUCAAAAUUGUCUUUAAAGUUGUUCAAAUGUUCUUAGCCAUGUGCAUUACUAAUAAAAAAUAAAUCAAUUUAAUUGAAGGAAAUGUACAAAAUAUCUUCAUUGAACAUGACCUUUACUUAAUAUGCUAAUGAUUUUUGGCCUAAAAGAAAAAUAGAUAAUUUUGACGCAUACAAUAUAUUGUUGGAUAUUGCUACAAAUAUACCUGUGCUGCUUAUGACUGACUGGAUUUGUGCUUUAGGGUUACAAACAUUCUUUAAACAGCCAGAGGUAGCUUGACCUCACUGGGAAGACCAUCUUCUGGCAAUAAAGUAAUGUCCAUAUGCCAGUAGCUCAAAGACAAUACGAUCGUGUUCAGUUAAACACUAUCCUUCGACAUAUUUAAAUGGUAGCCUAAAUUGUUUUCCACCCACUCUGUGUUGUUACAAUGUAACAAAUGUAAAAGUAUGUCUCGGUUUCUUGUGAAGCCCUCAUUACGCCAACUGAUGUCAUGGGGAACCCGAUAACCUCUUAGUUUAAGAAGAGACCAAUGAAAAUUCGCAAGUGAAUUGAAUUGAAUGCCAAGCCACCCUCCUGUAUAUAAGAUGGUGGGAUGCAACCACUCUGAGGAGUCAAGACACAACCCAGCAUUCAGGGCAGAUCAAAAUUGUUGCAAGAGGGACGUAAGAUUUGCGUUUCCUUCUUUAGGGCAUGAGGGUUGCACCAAUAACCAAGACACAAGUUUUCUUUUUGAAGUUUUCGUGAGCAACACAUUCUCACACCCAUCUCGUCAUAUACUGAAGCAUUGUUGGGACCACUUAACGUCGCUUUUUGACUCUCAAGGACCCUUUAGAUUAAUUUUAUGCC